AUGUGCCUAGACGAUGGUUGUGAUGAUCUUCUCUGCUGUCUGUGCGUGCCAUUAGCUGCUCUCUGCUGUUGCAAGUGCUGUAAGGAUAUGAUGGGCUCAAAUUCGGGUAAUAAUCAAGCACCAACCGCUGUUUAUUAUCAACAACCAGCUGGAUAUGUUCCAACAGGAGGAGUUUAUGGACCACAAGGUUAUGGUCCACCUCCUCAAAACCAACCAGUAUAUUAUCCGGGAGGUGCUCAACCUUAUUAUCCGCCUCCAAAUCAGCAACCACGUUAUCCACCACCAAAUCAACAACCAGGCUAUCCACCAUACAACCAAGGAAACUAUUAUCCACCACAACCAGGAUAUGGUGGCGGUGCACCACCCCCUUACAUUAACCAACAACCGAACCCUUACAAGUAA